AUGAUUCCGGCUCCAGGCAGGAGGCCCUCAGAAGGAGUAGUCUUUGGCAGAAACUGUGCCUGCACUCUGGCCUCUGUGGGAAGGUCUUCCUUCCAGGCACAGGCUGGAAGCGGGGUGUUGGGGCCGAGGGUGGGGCUGGAGCCGGGCUGCCUGCUGUCAUUUCUAGCCACCGGGUCUCCUACCAGUUCAUCAUUUCCCGAGCAGGCGGGUGCUGUGCCCAAAGCCCAGAUCUCUAGGCAUCGACCUGAGAGCAUCAAACCUGGAACAGCAGGCCCUAGCUCUGGCACUAAUGGGCUGUGUGACCUUGGACAAGUCUACUCCCUUCACCGAGUCUCCACUCUGCCUGGAACCAGAGGACUGUACGGAGGUGUUCUCACCUGCUCUUUCAGCUAG